AUGAUGAGCAACAAUAAGCUCACCACAGCUCUCGUAUCUGUCGAGGCGGCAUGGAUUUGCGCCACUGAGGUCAAUGUGCAGCAGAAGGACGAGGAGCGGGUGGAAGGACUGGUGAGGCUGCGUAAGCAGAGCAUGAAGAACGAAUAUGAGCUGGCCAGCUCCUCCACACGCCUGGACCAAGAGCUGAAGGAGCAACAGUUGCAAUGGAAGAAGAAGACGGAUAUUCGACAGCUGUCUCAAUUGCCGAUAAAUGAGCGGGAUCCCACGGUAAAAUCCGUCGAGACCAGCACCAAUAAUUACAAGAAAAAAUGCAGCGUCUACGCGAUGGAAAAUCUGCGGCUGGCUAUGCUGAUGAAAGAUACCAAGCUUCGGCAACGAAUGAAACGGAAGAAGGUUCGACCGCGGAUUGUUCAGGAUAUGUUGAGUCUGGAGCGCCGCUACGCUGAGGCAGCACGCAAACUGCAAAAGUGGUGGCAAGGUCACUUGCAUCGAGUUUUUUUGCAGUUGCAUUUUAAACAAGUCAAGGCGAUACUGCAGAUUCAACGCUUUGCACGCGGCUUCCUAACACGACAAUGGGUUCGUAUCUGGCAUGCAAAUCGAUCCAUUCGCGUCACGAGGCUUCAGGCGCUGUUUCGUGGUUAUUUUAUUCGCUCUCAAGUGAUACUGACCUGGAGGCGUUGGGAAUAUCUCAACGCAUCCAAGAUUCAGUCUAUCAUCCGGAUGUAUCUUGCAAAAGAGUUUUGUCAACGUUGCAAACGUGAGGUUGCAGUAUUGCAUAUUCAGUCUGUCUGGCGGGGAUUCUCCUCUAGAAAAAAAUCAGACAUGCGCUGGCUGGAAUUAAGAGCUAUCAAUUUGCAACGCCUGGCGCGGGGAACACUUGCGCGAAUGAAUGCACGAAAGAGGGCGACACGGUUAAGGAAUGGAGCCAUUCAAAUUCAGCGGAUGUUUCGUGGAAUGAAGGCACGGACCGAGAUCAAGACACUACUACGUGAUCGGGAAACCCGCAACAGACAAGAGUUUCUUGCUAUGCUGGAGGUUGAAGAAGAAUGGCACCGUGCGCAACGCGAUAAGCUCCAGUCAAGGCUAAAUCGUCAGCAACUAAAAGAACGAGUUGCACAACUAGAAUACGACUACUACAUCAAGCACGAACAGAUUCACGACAUGGAAAGUAUCUACCUUGACAUGCAAACACAACGUAUGCGCGUCUCACCACGUGCCAUCGAGCAUGGAUGGGUGGAAGAAAUGGAGGCUAAAAUGAAACAACAGCGUGUGCUCAUUACUAAGCUGAAGAUCGAGACCGUUUUUGGGCUCGGUCUGGAGUUCAAACGAAAAGAAAAUGAACUGGUUAAUUUCCAAAAGCGCAUCAAUGCCACAGAGGAAAAGCGUCGACGGUUUGAAAUCUGGCGGAACGAAGAAUAUCUCGAGUUCUGGGAGCGCGAGUGUCGUUUUCGCUACCAAGCAAAGAUCGUUCAGAAUCGCCAGCAUGUUGCUGAAACCCGACGCAGGUGGCAGAUCCAACAUUACCGAACUGAUGGCAAGCGUGACCAUCGUUGGCAGGGCUCACACUGGUCUCCGGAUGUACUUGAAGCUGCCAAAAAAAAGGAAGUUUUCUGCCUUGGUUCAGCCGACAUUCUCGCACUAGUGCACGAAAAAUGGCAUCUUCGGAUGCAGGAAAUCGAGGCAAGUGGUCAAGUUCGCGAUGACACAGAACAGGAACGUGACUCAAAAAAACAUAUCGAUGAUCUCACGGAUCAGGUGGCUCUCACAGCGGCCACUGCUCAAAUUGAGCAGACCAAGAUGCUUUUUAACCCCGUGUUUCGAGAUGUCGAGCUCUCGUUUGAUAAAAUUCAAAUGCUGCAACGAAAACACGACAGACGCCUACUUGCGACUAAGCAGGAAAGAAGAGCUAGAGAACCUGCUGAUAAUACGAUAGACCGGCAGCAACGGAAACGACAACUCGUGUUGGCUGCAAAGGUUCCAUGGUACCUACUUGACCAGUUAGAGGCCGACCGCCGCAAUCUAGCAAACGAGAAAGCAAUGUUCAAACUCUGGGGCAAAGCUUACUCUAAAGAAUGA